GGUUCACUUCCUGUAGGGACUGAAAACCAAGUGAGGAGAUGAAGGAUUGCACCGUACUACACCAGAGAAUACAGAGAGGAUAGACACUGCAGCUAGAUCCUGACCAUCACCCAAGGGACAAUUGCACAACUGUGUGAAGACAUCCAAUCCCUUCACAGCAUUGCUCAACACAGAGAAGGUUGGGCAGUGAAACCAUCAUCUGGAAAUCGGUCAGGUCAUGGGAGCUUUGACAUAUCAUCAGAUCUGAAACUGGUCAGUGGUGUGGAUCCUUCCAUCACAAUCAACCUUUCUGAAGGUUCGGCUGUGGGCGAUCAGUUAGGGUGAGGCUGGGAAGAAGUGUGAGUGGCUCCAAGUGUGAUGAGAGCUUCAAUCAUUCAUUGCGCCUCAUGAACCAUCGAAUCAUUCCUACAGGUGAGAGGCUGUUCAAGGGUGAAGUGAGUGAGGAGGCCUCCACAGGCUCAGUUUUACCAGCUGUAAUACAAGGACAGCUACAUGGAAGAGAAGCCGUUCAAGUGUGAGUUGUGUAACAAAUCAUUUUCGUGCUCAUCGCACUUUCGUAUUCACCAACGCACUCACACUGGAGAGAAACCAUUCACGUGUGAAGUGUGUGACAAAUCAUUCUCGCAGUCAUCGCACCUCCAUAGACACAAACGCAUUCACACAAGGGAGAAGCUGUUUAGGUGUGACGUGUGUGACAAAGAUUUCACACAGUUAUCGAACCUCCAAGUCCAUCAGACAAUCCACACUGGCGAGAAACCCUUUAAGUGUGAAGUUUGUGAUAAAGCUUUCCCAACAUCCACGAGGUUCCUGAUACACCAGAGCACUCACACUGGGGAAAAUCCCUUCAGAUGUGAGUUGUGUGACCGUGCCUUCACACAGUCAUCAGCCCUCGCGCAACACCGACGUAUUCACACAGGGGAGAAACCGUUCAAGUGUGAGGUGUGCAACAAAUCAUUCUCACGCUCAUCUCACUUUCGUGUACACCAACGCACUCACACCGGGGAGAAACCGUUUACUUGUGAAGUGUGUAACAAAUCAUUCUCACGGUCAUCAACUCUCCGUGAACAUCAACAUCUUCACUCUGGGGAGAAGCCAUUCAAGUGUGAGGUGUGUAAUAAGGGAUUUGCACAGUUAUCAGGCCUGGUGAGUCACCGACGCAUUCACACAGGGGAGAAGAAAAGAUUCACGUGUGAAGUGUGUAAUAAGGACUUUGAACAACUAUGGGGCAUGUUGGAUCACCGUCGCAUUCACACAGUGAAUAAGCCAAGUGAGGUGGGUGACUGAGCCAUUGCCCUGUGAGUGACACUUGUGAAACACCGAAGCAUUGGGGGGAAGCUGUUCAAGUGUGAUGUGUUUAACAAGGGCUUUGCACAAUCAUCUGGCCUGAUGUAUGACUAACGCAUUCACACUGGAGAGAAACCGUUCACAUACAAAGUGUGUGACAAAACCUUGAGAAACUCAUCAAACCUCCUGUAACACCAGCGAAUUCACACGAGAGAAACCAUUCAGAUGUGAGGUGUGUGACAAGGCUUUCACACAGUCAGUGUGUCUGCUAGUCCAUCAACACAUUCACACAGGGGAGAAGCCCUAUCAGUGUGAGUUCUGUAAUAAAGCCUUCACACAGUUGUUGGACCUCCUGGAGCAUCAGUGAACCCACAUGGGAGACAAACCCUUCCAGUAUGACGUGUGUCAGGAUUGUUUCACCUACUCCUCUCUCUCACUAGAUACCGAGAUCUCCACACGGACUUGGAGCCAGGUCACCUGCUUCCAUUACACUGAGAGUUGUCUGUGUUGUUUACCCUCCAGUGCUCGCACAGAGGAGCUGUCAUUCCAAAGCACUGUCUAUCUCAGCAGUGUCUGUCUCGAAUCUCUCCCAUCAUCAGUCCAAUCGUUUCAAGAAGACCAAUUUAACCUUUGACCAGAUCACCCAACAUCACCAGAAGAAGACAUCAAUAUGCAUUGAAACUCCUGCUUAUACACAGAUGUAACUGUGUCUCAGAGGAUUCCCUCAUCCACAGGGUUUGGAAACAAGGCUGUAGAAGGUGGAUAUGAGAGAGUGGUUAAACCAGAUUUGACAGUUACAGAAGCAUUGUGGUGAAUGGAGAGUCAAAGGACAGAGAGUUGGGAAUUAGAAAGCACUGUCCAACUCACCUGGGGGAAGAAUGUCUUCCAGGAGUGGAAACUGAUUGAUCCAUGGACCCACGUGAUCAAUGGAUCUCUGUAACCAUUGGUGGAUUUGUAUGAUGGAAACGAACUCCAUCCUGUGUCACUAAAGUUCGGUGUCAUUUCUGACCAUCGGAAUUUGGAGCCGGACUUAAGUACAGAGAUUUUAAAGAAAGUUCUGUCCGUAGUAUUCUGAGAGAGUUUCCCCUGAUGUGAGUGUGUGUUUUAGCAAAGUGAGGCAGCUCUCAGGAGUGGGUAUGGGGUAGAAUGGGACCCUGCUUUAGUUGCUGAUAUGAAUUAUAGACAGAUCCUCUUCAGAUGACAGGUGUUUGACUAAUACCAUGGGUAAUGUUUGUAUUCUCCUGUCUGGGAGGACUACUAUCCUGAGUAUGGUGAGGGAGUCGGGUGAGUCCCCUCAGCCCAUCAUGCCUCGAUGUAAUAACGGUGUGAUAUGUUCAUCUUACACUCUUCCUAGAUUAAUUUAAUAGUCUGGGAAAGGUCUUGAAUCAUUUUCAAAUGCUUUAUUAUUUUGGUUGAUACAAGCUGAAUAUUGUGUUGUUAUUUGUAUGCUGUUUUAUCAAACUUCUGUAUAGAUUUAUAACUCACAAUAAAUUCAGUUUGUUUUUGCUAAACCCAAA